CCGGCGUCGGGAAGGGCGGAGGAAGCGCCGGGCCGCUCUGAAGGCCGACCUGGAAGCCGGGCCGCGAGCGAGAUGGCGGCUGAGGACAGCUCAGCAGACACGCUGCGACUGCAGUUCAAGGCCAUGCAGGAGCUGCAGCACAGGCGGCUACAGAAGCAGAUGGAGAGGAAGAGGGAGAAGGAGCUGAGCAGCAAAAGCAAAGCUGCCAACCAGGAGCGCUUUGAGGAGAUCACGGGCAGCCUCAGCCUGCUCAGCUCAGAGGAGCAGGACCUGAAGGGCAUCCUCGAGAGGAGGGUGCUGGAGGACGAGAUCCAGCAGCUCCGGAGCGAGCUCAGGGAGACGGAGGACGAGAAUGGGCGGCUGCACAAGCUGCUGAAGGAGAGGGACUUUGAGAUCAAGCACCUCAAGAAGAAGAUCGAAGAGGACAGGCUCGCCUUCACAGGGGCAUCUGGGAUGGCUGGAGAUCUAGUCGCCACCAAAAUUGUUGAACUGUCCAAAAAGAACCGAGGGCUGAUGGCAGAGUCGGAGAGCGCGAAGGCCAGGGUGAAGCAGCUGACCAACCGAAUCCAGGAGCUGGAGGACCAACUGCAGGCAGCCAAGCUGCCAGCCAAGGGGGCCACGGACGCAGGGGCCAAGCCAGUGAAGACCCAGCCAGGGGACAGAGCCUCGCUAGAGACCCCGGAAGUGAAGGCUUUGCAGGACAGGCUGGCAGCCACCAACCUGAAGAUGACUGACCUACGCAACCAGAUCCAGUCUGCCAAGCAGGAGCUCCGUAUGGCCCAGAAGGUUCUGGCCAGUGAAGUUGGAGAAGAUGUAAAUGUUCAGCAGCUCCUGGCUUCCCCGGGGACCUGGAGGGGAAGGGCUCAACAAAUCCUAGUUCUGCAGAGCAAGGUCCGAGAGCUUGAGAAGCAGCUGGAACAGCGCCAGACCAGGAUGACAGGCUCGCCAGGUUCUGAGCUGUCUGUCAGUUUAGACCCAAGAAAGCUGACGGCACAAGAGAAAAACCUGCUGAGGAUCCGCAGCCUGGAGAGGGAGAAGCAGGAAGGCUGGGAGAAACUGACCAGUGAGCGGGACACCCUCCGGACAGAGCUGGAGGAACUGAAGAAGAAGUUGGAUGGUACGAGGUCUCGCAACAGGGUGCUGUCGAACGAGGUUAAGACCCUCAGGAGCCAGAUGGUGACACUGGUGGAGAAGGGCCAGCAUGAUGACGAGCUCAUCGACGCCCUCAUGGACCAGCUAAAGCAGCUGCAGGACAUUCUGGGCACCAUGAGCAUGCAGGAGGAAUCCAGGCGUGCAUCUCAGCACCACCUGGACCAGAAGGUCAACAGUGAGGCCCAGCGGAGCAGCAGCCUCGUGGCCCAGCUCCAGGCCAUGGUGGCCGACCGAGAGGCCAAGGUGCGGCAGCUGGAGUGGGAGAUCGGGCAGCUCAGCGUGCAGUAUCUUCACAGUAGAGGAGGGGGUGAGGGGGCCAGCCCCACCCAGGCCAGGUUCCCUGAGGACCGGACGCCGGGAACCGGCUCUCCAGCCUCGGCAGGCGAUCACGGUGGCAGGCUCGGGGCGUCCCGCUCCGUGACCAGCUUGGGCCACACACUGGUGGAAUCUGCUCUCACGAGGCCAUCCCUGCCCAGUCCCCAUGGGACCUCACCCAGACAAAGAAUGGCCUGUGCUGCCUCUGAGCCCGCCCACUGCCCACUGGAGACUCCUUCCGUCAGCACACCCCUUCACUCAUGCAGGUUCUCAGACUCCCCGGAACCGAAGAGCUGGCAGGCAAAAGCUACAGAGAUGAAGGCCCUUUGGCAGGCCGCCGAGGUGGAGCGGGACCGCCUCAGCGAGUUCGUCACUGUCCUGCAGAAGCGGGUGGAGGAGAGCAGCGGCAAGCUGCUGGAAGCCGAGAGGAGGCUGCAGGAGGAGCGCCAGCGGGCUGUCGUGCUGGAGCAGCACCUGGAGAAGAUGCGGCUGGAGCCGGCCAGGACCUCGCAGUCCCAGAAGGCUGCUAGGAGCAAGCCAGGACCACCUGCUGCCAGCACCAAGCACAACUCAGCCGGGAGCACCAAAAAGGAUUCGUCCUGCACUCAGCAAUCUGAUCUGCCCAUGGAAUCCCAGAUCGUGGAGCUGACUGCCAGGCUGGCCAUCCAGAUGGAAGAGAAUGGGAUACUGAGAGACGCCCUGGGCAGCGCCCUGCGAGGGAAGGAGGAAGACUUCCGCAUGUACCACCAGACCCUGGGCCAGGUGAAGGGGGUCUUCCUGAAGGCGCUACGGCAGCAAAAGGCCGACAAGCAGUAGACAUGCUGCCGGCUCACCUGGAGCACAGAGCCCUGAAGGAUGGCUCAUCGGUGCAGGCAGCACCCACACGGGGGAGCUCAGACCUGCAGAGCAGGCAAGCUGAGCAUGCCCGGGCAGGAGCCCCGGCGGUGCGCUUCCUCGAGCAGGCACUCCUGCCCUCUCCAGGGCCCUGCCGUGCCACGGGCUCUCCACACACAGAGCAGCCUCUUGGUGCUUCCUGAUGGGGGCAUUGACCAUUAUCCCCCAUAACCCCUCACUUGGGCCCUACCACCAGCUUGGCCAUCCAUCUGCUGCGCCCAGCCUCUCUCUGGACUUACGGCAAAGGGCAGAGCCUUGGACUUGGAAUAACAAGUCUGCUUUCAG